UCUCAACUCCCUGAGGGCACCCUGCAAGCUCCUCCCCAAGCCUGACUGCCUGUCCCUGUCUCAUACUUUCUUCCUAAGUGUUUCUCCUCCGAAGCAGAAGAUGCCCCUGGGUAUGUUGGAGGAACAGCAUAUAGCAGAAGAAAUAUGAAGCAGCAACUCUGAAUCCUGAGCAACAGACCUCAGCAAGCCCCAAAGGAACUCGGUUUAAUUCAGCCUCACCAAACCAGAUCCAAAACUCUUGGCUUCCUGGAGUUGCUACAGCUCUCUGAUUCUAGAAUUUUCUUUAAUUCCAGCUGGAAUGCUGUAUGAGGCACUUUGCAGAUUUGGUCGAAAACUGGUACACAAACGUCCACUGGAUCAAGAAAUAUAUGAGUUCCAAUUUGGCAAAUGUAUGAGCACUCUGGAUUUAGUGGCCCUGGGUGUCGGCCGCACAGUGGGUGCAGGUAUAUAUAUCCUGGCUGGCGAUGUCGCUAGAGAUAAAGCAGGACCAGCCACUGUGAUCUGCUUUUUAGUGGCUGGUGUAACUUCUGUGUUGGCUGGGCUCUGCUAUGCAGAGUUUGGUGCCCGGGUUCCCCACUCUGGCUCUGCAUAUCUCUACACCUAUAUCACUAUAGGAGAAGUCUGGGCUUUCAUCACUGGCUGGAACCUCAUCCUCUCCCUUGUUGCUGAUGCAGUCAUUGUUAUCCAGACCUGGACGUUAAUUUUUGACAACCUGUAUAGGAACUGGAUCUCUCAAACCCUGCAUGAGAGCAUCUCACAGCAUGUUCCUCAGGUUUUUGCAGAUAAUGUAGGCUUCUUGGCUGUGAUCCUUGUAUUUUUGCUCAUAGAAUUUAACAAUAUGAUGAUUCGUCCAUUCUUCAUAGUUUUCAAAGUGUUCACUUUGGUGAAAGUUUUGGUUCUCAGUUUUGUCAUCAUCUCUGGCUUCAUGAAGGGGGACCUGCACAACUGGAAGCUCACAGAAGAGGACCACAUAAAGCCUGGACUCAAUGAUACCUCUAGCUUGGGCCUUCUGGGCUCUGGAGGAUUCGUGCCAUUUGGCUUCCAGGGGAUUCUCCAUGGAUCAGCUACAUGCUUCUAUUUACUUAUAGGUUUCAGCAUUAUUGUUACCAGAGUCAAAGAGACACAGAAUCACAAGCGUUCCAUCCCCAUGGGCAUUGUGAUUUCACUGCUCAUCUGCUUUUUGUUGUAUUUUGGUGUCUCUGUGGCACUUACGCUUAUGGUGCCUUACUAUAAGCUCCGACCUGGGAGCACCUUGCCUGAGGUAUUUCUCCAUAUUGGCUGGGCCCCUGCCUACUAUGCUGUAACUAUUGCAUUUAUCUGUAGUAUUUCUGUCAUCUUCUGGGGUAUUAUGUACUUCAUCCAUCAGGUGAUACACAUGAUGGCAAACGAUGGCCUCCUGUACCCUGUCCUUGCCAGGAUCCAUACCGGCACAUAUGCCCCCAUCAUAGCCAAUGUGAUCUUUGGCAUUAUUGCAGCAAUCAUGCUAUUUUUUAGACUCACUGAUCUUGUUAACCUCAGGUCAGUUGGGGCCCUGCUAGCUUACUCCCUGGUACCUUUUUCUGUUCUCAUCCUCAGAUAUCAGCCUGAGAAGAAGAAUGGGGGAAAUGAAGCACAGGUGCAAGAGGAGGACAGACCUGCAGCAGAGAAGCUGGCUCUACAAACACUAUUUUUUCCAGGCAGCCCCACCCCCACUCCACUCUCUGGCCAUAUUGCCUCUGUUUGCUCCUCACUGCUUGCUCUCCUGCUGACUCUUCUCUGUCUAGUGCUGGCCCGGUGGCCAAGUCUGCUUUCUGGAGACCCAGUGUGGAUCACAGUGGUUGUGCUGCUCCUGGUGCUUAUCAUUGGGAUCACCGGAAUAAUCUGGAGACAGCCACAGAGCCCCCCUCCCCUUCACUUUCAGGUACCUGCUCUGCCUCUCCUCCCACUCCUGAGCAUCUUUCUGAAUGUUUACCUUAUGAUGCAGAUGAUAGCUGGCACCUGGUCUCUAUUUGGUGUCUGGAUGCUGAUUGGGUUUGCUAUCUACUUCAGCUAUGGGAUCUAGCACAGCCUGACUCCUUAACCCCACUUCACUUAGGGCCAAGACUGUAGAUCUUGAACUCAGCAGUGCCAGUACAUAUUUGGUCUGACAUAAUCAUACAUGAAUGCAGUGUGAUCCCCUGCACAAUAAUGUGGAAUACUCUUGAGCACAUGAAAAGCUAAGUCCCUAUGGGAUGUUGAGGUAGGAACACCAAUAGAGCUCCAUAUUUAUUGUGGAGUGAAGCCUGAGUCUUUGCUCUUUCUCCUUUUUUUUUUUCAGUCUACUUUUCAAUUGUGUCUAUAGCUGCUCACCAGCUUUAAAAAAAAUGAGCACUGGGUGUUAUACAUGUGUUGGCAAAUCGAACUUCAAUAAAAAAUGAAAAAAAUAAAAAUUAUUAAAAGAAA